ACAGCUUCCUUUUCCUCUUCCUUUUCCAAAAUCCAAGUUAUCUUUCAUUUAGUUUCAAAGGUUCUGCAUUUCAAAAUCCAUGGUGGAAACUCCAGCAACCAAACACUUUGUUUUGAUUCAUGGGGCCUGCCAUGGUGCUUGGUGCUGGUACAAAAUGGCUUCUCUUUUGAAGAGUGCAGGAUACAAGGUCUCAGCUGUGGAUCUUGGUGGUGCAGGAAUAAAUAUGGGAAAUGCUGACUCCAUUUCUACUUUCGAAGAGUACAACAGGCCUGCCAUUGAUAUCAUCUCAGGGAUCCCAGAAAAUGAAAAGGUGAUAUUGGUGGGGCACAGCAUAGGUGGUUUCAGCUUAACGCAUGCCAUUUACAAGUUUGGGAAGAAGAAGAUAAGCCUCGUGGUUUACGUUGCUGCUGCCCCUGCCAAUUUCCGCGGUUCUGGGCCGGGCUUUAACCCAGAUAUCUACAUCUACAAUUUCGGAAAUGGGAGUCAUCAGCCUCCUACAAGUCUUAUUUUUCGCCCUGAGAAGCAGCGAGAAAUGCUUUACGCACUUAGUUCAUAUGAGGACUCAACCUUGGCUUCAAUGGUGAUGAGGUGGGCGCCAGUGAGUGCCUUCGCUGAUGCAUCACUUGACAAGGAAAUUGAAAGGGUGACUACUCUUUAUGUGAAGACCGACAAGGAUCAAAUGAUGAGUCAAGAGCGCCAUGAAGAGUUCAUUCAUUUCCUCUCUCCAGAGGAGGUGUUAGAAGUGGAGGCUGACCAUAGUCCCUUUUUCUCUGCAACCGUUGAGUUGUUCAGCUUCUUGGACAAGGCUGCCGCUAAAUACUGUAGCGAUGAACUGCCCAAAAAGUAGAUCAUUUGUUCCUUACAAUGAAGUGAAAUAUAUAUAUAUAUAUAUGGUCAUUACUCUACUUGGUUUUAUUUGUAUUAUUUGUGCUGCAGCUUACGUUUUAUGUGUGUUUGGGACCCAACUGCCUAGAUGGCUGGAUUUCUUUUCAUGAAUGUGCUAGGAUUCCAUGGCUAGUAAUAAUAGAGGAUGAUUAACCAUUGGUGUUGAAAA